AUGUCACCGUCCCGCAAUACGGAAGUUUUGUGGGCGUGCAGCGAUGAGCGGCACGAAAUCCAGUUCGGUUUUCUGGCGUCGCCUCGUUCAUUUUUGGCAACACCGGCCAAGGCGACGACCGACGUCUUCUUUUGCUUCUUCUCCUUCUUCUUGUGAUAAAUGCCCCUGACGGACGGACGUCAUCCAUCCAGCUUGUUUCAGUCAUUUCACCUCAUCAAUCGCUUCAUUAUCGCGUUGCGCGUGUCUCCAAGCUUUUCGCAUCUUUUUUUUUUCUUGGUCAGGUUUUUAGAAAAGAAGAUCAAUAUAUCUCUUGUAUUAUUUUACUAAUACAUCCCAGUUUUUUAAGCUUUUCAUUAAGUAAAGCCUUUUGGGACUUUACUUUUUUUCCGGAAAAUUUCAGAGGUUUCAUUUUUUUUAACAGUUUUCUUUAUUUUUUCUUCAAAAUUAAUUAAAUUUUCAGGCGUUCCAAUAAAAUUACUUCUGUAUAACGUUCAGAAGCUCUUAUUUUUUUAAUUAAUCAGUUUUUUUAAUUCUGAUUUUUUUGUUGAGUUGAAGUUAUCAACCUUCUCAGGAUGUAUAGAGAAAACUAUUUUUCAAGUUGUUUUUUUAAAUUUAAAUCUUUGAAUAACUUCUUUCAAUGGUUCUUCUUUACUCCUUCUUAUAUUUUUUUACAACUUGAAAUUUUUUUAAAUUGAAUUUGAAGUCAACAUGCUGUAUUGUUGUACGUUUCACACAUUCUUUUUAACUUCGACAUUAAAAUGAAAUUUGAUUUUUUCUUCCAUAAAUCUUCAAUACUGCUUGUUUCCAAAGCAAUCCUUACUUUUUCCGGAUCGAAUUGAAUAAAUAAUCAGCAAGUUGAAUGGCUUGAAGCGUCGCGGUCGCGAUGCGGUUUAGCUUGCUUCUGGAGCCAAUUUGAUAAUAAUAAUAAUUUACUCAUCCACAAAGUGAAAAGAAUAAAUAAGGUUAAGAACCGGUUUUAGGUCACCCUCACGAGUGACUUCACCGGAUAGGGAAUAAAUUAGAUAUCACAGUUGAUAAAUUACACGUAUAUGCAUAUUGAGAUUUUUGAGAUCAUAGUAGCCGUCUAGGGAUGCUGAUGAAUAAUUCAUUGUCGGGGAUGUUGUCCAGAUGAGAUUUGAAAAUAAAAUUUCAUUUAUGCCCAAGUCACUUUAGGUCGGUUGCGUAUACAAGUCAUUCCGAUUGCGACCAUGAGCCAUUAUUUCGGAUCAAACUGAGAUGAUAGAUGAAUCGAUGAAUUUUGAAUAUUCUGAAGUUUUUUUUGUUCCUUUUUCCUUUUUCUUGCCAUUAUCACGAUCCAAAUCAACUCGUUCCCCUCCACACGAAGAGCGAAAAGGGCGAAAAAGAGAUAAGUUGCGUGGGUUGAAAACGGGUUGUCCCCCCGACAUCCCGCCAUCACUGAUAUCGCCGAUGGCUGCCCAAAAACCUCUUCGCAAUUGAAAUAUAUGGCACUGGUCGCCUUUUCCUUCAUAAAUCUUCGCCGCAACCAUUUUACAGCCCCUUUUAAGGUUCAAUGGAAAGGGAAACCGUGAUGAAUUUUGAUGGAAAAGAUUUCUUAGAGGAUAUCAAAAAGUCUUUUGAAAAAUAACUUUGUUCCGAUUUCUUUACGAACUUCGAGAUUUCGAGACACUUUUUCAUAGAAAUUUCGAAAAUCUCACACGUCAGCAUUUUUCAAAUCGAUCCCCCAAAAUUAUUGAAAGGAUUAUUUUUCAUCAAAAAUUCACAUCUGCUUAGAUUAUCAUGAGAUAAAUCAGACUGUUGGAAAAUCUUCAAAAUCAAUAAUUUUUUCGUUCAAUCAUGCUCUAAAAUUGAUUUUUUUAAAAUAGUGAACCGUUUGAGAAAAGUAUGAAAGUCUUUUUUGCCUUUUUGUGUUUCAUAUAAUAAGUUCAACCUGUGAACUUCGAAUUUUUCACUGAAACCCAUCAAAAAAGAAAUUUGUAGUUUAAAAAAUGUAUUGUUUUUGAUUCUCUAAUUUUCAUUAUUUGAUGAGUGAUGGCUUUGGACAUUUUUUAAAAAUAGACAUUCCUUCACAAUCAAAGGUGGAUUGCACUGAAAUUAGAAAAAAGGUCAAUGAAACUUCAUUUUAAUCGGAAGGACAACUUGAUGUGGAAAAACAUUCUGCAGUGAAAUACUUUUUUCGAAUCUUCCCUUUUUUUCAUGAUGUUCUCGGAGGCAAUUGAUGCACUUAUUUACGUAUCGUUUCAUUUUGUAACUUUGGAAUAUGACUUGGGUAAGUAUAUUUUCUCAAAGUUGGCGCAAAUCGUUGUAAAAAAAUAGAAAAAUUUUUAUGUUUUUUUGAGUAGUCUUUCGCUAAAAAAACUUUUUUUGAAAAAUCCCUCAAAAGCUUUUUGAAAGUUCACGGUUAUUUAGCUUUUUCAUGUGGCUUUAUUUCCAGGUCGAUUUUUUUCAAUCAUAUUUUUUUAUAAAAAAACUUUAUUCUUCUAUUUAAAUUUAAAUAGAUUUUUUUCACGUCUCUUCUCGACUUUGAAAAACUGAUAUGUUUUUUUCAAAAAAACUGAUAUGAGCUUCCGAUUUGGUCUUCUGAAUCUGAAUCCGAUCUUUUCGAUUAAUCAUAUUUUUUUCCCUGUAUCAAAUAUCUGCAUUUAAAAACAUGAGAGGCUUUUAAAAGUUUAGAGGAUCCAGAUUUCAAAAAGUGUUUCUUAUUUUUUCAUUGAGCUACUCUGAAACAUACAGAAACACUGAUAAUUUUUCAUGAAAUAUUUCUUUUUCAAUUUUAUUAAUUUGAUCCUUACAUGCAUAAACAGACGACAUGAAAUUCAUCACAUACAUUAGAUCUAACAGGGUCUGAAUCUUCGGUAUUCUAAAAGUUCUUUUCAUUUUUUUGUAAACAAAACAGAAAAAACUAGGCAAUACUAUUAGGUUUUGAAAUAUUCAUUUCACUCGGAUACAUAGAACAACAUGAAAUGCAGAUAAAGUAAGAAAAAUAGUUAGAGCAAAAAUUGAAAAAUCAAAAAAAAAAGGAAGCCUAAGUAUACUUUGGAGCAGAAAAAACACGGCUCAAUACUUUUCCAACGCUGGCGACUUGAUCUUCUGAUUCAGAAUCCAAUUGUUUUCGACUCAUCACGAUUUAUCAAAGGUCUGAAUCUGCUGAACUUGUCCGCCCCGUCGUCGGCAUUCCAGCACUUUUUCGGCGAUUGCGUGACGGUUGCAUUGGUGGCGAAGGAAACUUGACACAAGCCAAGUGUUUUUCCAUCCUGGACGAUGCCAGACUUGGUCUUGUUGCUUUUUCUCCUGACUUCCCAAUUCUCAAACCUUGUUCCAUGUGCUUUGAUCUCUUCAAUCCUUCAUUUUGCCUUGAAUUUUUGAAGUUUUCGUUUGAAAUUCUAAAGUCUCAAAUCUUUGGAAAUUUGAAAAUCAAGCAAACAAAGAUGAAAUCCUGUUUUUUUUGGAAAAAAAAUUUUUUUUUUGACAUGAAAUGGAAGGUUUUUUUUUUGAAGGAACAAAUUUAUUUUUAAAUCAAAUUGGAGGGUUUUUUUUCUUUUUUUUUAUUUUAUUCAGGAUUCUGGCCUCCUGAAAAUUUAUUUUUAAGCUUCUAGAAAUCAUUGGAAUUCAGCCACCCGGUGUCUUGCUUAUAACUUUAACUUUCAGAUUUUCCUUUUUUUAUUUUUAAAUCGUCAUUUUCAAGUCUCAUAUCUUGACUUUAUUCUCAAGACUUUUUCUAUACACUAUUUUAUGCACUUUCUCUCCUCGUUUUCCAAUUUUUUCGAUAAUUGUCCUCUUCAUAACCUCUUUUUCUUCGCAGGACCCAAUGCGGCUGGCGAUAGUCGCCCUAUUUGGGCUCAUUGCGGUGAUUUCAGCCGAUGAGAUCGAUGAGAAAAAAAGUUUGUCGAUUUCUUAACUUAAAAAAAUAGGAAUUUUUUUCAGAAUUGAAGAACGAGCGAUUGCAGAAGCCGACGGCGGCAAUGGAGAAAAAGUUCAAAAUUUGUGGGUUUUUUUAAAAAUCCAAGCAGAGAACUUCUCGUUGCAAUUCUUUUGGUAUAAUCUAUAGGAAAAAUCAGAAAUUAAAAAAAGAGAUGACACCGUUUUGAAGAUUUUUUUCAAAUUAAGAUUAACUGCGCUCCAUAGAUAAUGCCUGCAAAAAGAAAAAAAUUGAAUUUUUUUUUUUUUUCAUCAAAAAGUAGUGAAAUUGAUUAUUUAUCCUGGGUUUUUCAUAGUUAAUUGUCCUUAUUUCAUGUUCAAAAAAAGUGUUUAAAUUUUUUUCUUUUUGGUUAAAAAAAGCAGCUCUGCAGCUUUUUUUAUUCCUCGAAAAAAACGCGAGGGGACUAUAAAUUAAUAGUAUUUCAGGCGAACUGAAUAAUUCAAAUACAUUUUCGUCUUUUUGUUUUUUUGAUAAUUUUUGGGAAACAAAAAGUUUGAACUUCAAAAACGCUUUGAACUUUUUUUACCACAAGAAUAACAAAAAAAGACAAUUGCAUAGAAAAAAAUUGGAAAAAAAAAUUCACACUUUCAUGCUCCCUUUAUAGCCUUGGACAAUGUUUGGUAAACAAUUGUAUAUGUUCAAAUUUAUUGAGCCUUUUUUAACACAAAAACAGCAAUAGAUAGCAAAAAAUUGAAAAAAAAACCCUAUUUUCAUGCUCCUUUUUUAGCCCUAGAGAAUUUUAGUGAAACAAUUGAAUAUGUCAAAUCUAAACUUCGACUUCGUCGAGCUUUUUCCCAAGAAAAAAACGAACACAAUGACGUAAUGCCCAAAGAAUUUGCCGUAGAAAAGUUGUCCUUGAGCCUUGGCCCCGGGGCGGUCCUUGUUCACAUCUCAUCCGUUCACUGUUCGACGAUAUUCCGGUUUCGUUGCGCGAAUUGUUUGCAUAUAUAUGUAUAAGCGUAUUGGAAACGAUUUGCGAACCGCGGAGAACGCAUCUGAUGAAUGCCUAACGAGGAGGAGAUUCCAGACGUCGGCACGAUCGACGGCGUCCGACGCGAACUCUUCAACGAGGUCGACGGCGGCGAGCCCGACGUUCAGCGUUAGUUUUUUCCUCCUCCGAGGAAGUUUCUCGGAAGUGGGAACUUUGAGAGAACUGGAAAAUGUUCUUUUUGAAGGAAGCUUGUUUUUUUGUAAAUUUGAACAAGUGCCAAAGAAGAUGAUUAAAAAAAAACAAAGGAAAAAAGGAAAAAAGGAAAAAAGGAAAAAGGAGAAUGAGAACGGGAAUUAUCCUUUUUGAAACGUAGAUAUUUUUUUCAUUUUUUUAUUUGACCUCUCAAAAAAUGAAACAGUUUCUAGAAAAAAAUAUGUCAGUUUUUUUCCUGAUUUUUUUCAGGGAAGAAUGCCAGUUUUUCUUUGAUUGAAAAUGUUAAAAUCAUCUUCCAAAUCUUCAAUUUCUUCCUUAAAAAGGUUAAUGAACUGUCGGAGGAUUUGAAGAUGUCGGAAAUAGAAAAAAAAGGAUAAUCUUUUUUUCAUCUUUUUAACUCACAACUUUCAGAAUGAUAUAUACUUAAUUUUUUUAGGGAAGAAAGUCAGUUUUGAAAUGCUAGAACCCUGUACAAGUUUGUCAAAAAUUCGAGUUUCUUUAUUUCCUCUUGAAGUUUUUCAUGAAUUUGUGCGAGAACUUGAAGUUUGAGUCUCGAAGAAAAAGAUAGCUCUUUCUACUUUUCAUCUUAAUUUUUUUGAUUUUUGAAAGAAAAAGAUAAUUUGUUUCCAAUAAACAAGGUGAAGUAUUUUUAUUUCCUUCUCCAACUUGAAACCUUGGGCUGGAGAAUCUGUAUAAGACAAAUUCAAUUUUCAGCUGAAAAUGUAGAGCCGGCAGAUCUCUUCGGCGCCUACGACGACAAUAACGUCAUCACCACUGAAAACGGUUUCAAAAAUUAGAAUUGAACGUUCUUAUUUUUUCCUUCAGAGAAGAGCUUAUUCGUGCCGAAGCCAUACCGGCCGGGCGGCGAAAAGACGACCAGGAAGCCGGUGACGACGACGGUCAGACCCACUCAGUCAGUUGAAACCACGUCUUCUUAGUUUUCCACGGGCAGAACAGGAUACAGACUGGCAAAAUGGACCCUUUGGGUGCCCCGGGUUGACCCGACCGUCUAGUUGAAAAUGAUGGGGGAAAAGCUAGUGGAAAAAUAAGGAAAAGAAUGGCUUUUUUGACAAUGGGACUGCUUCGCGAAAAGGUUCACCAUGAGCCAACCCGCCUCAUUUGCAACUCUGGUCGGAAGAACCAAAAACGGGAGCAAAAGGGGAGUUAAAAGGGCUCCGUUUUGCGCCCUUCUUCUAGCUUCUCAAUCGGCAGAAUUUUGGAGAGUCUUAAAAGGGUGCAAAAAGGGUCAAUAUAGGUUGAUCAAGGGCGCAAAAAGGGAGCUAAAAAGGUCAAUUUUGACCGUUUUGAGUCUUUCGUCAAGCCGCUCAAUUUUUCCGGGGUUACAAAGGAUCAAUAAAAUGUCAAUAAAAAUUCAUUAUAGGACGCAAAAAGGGAGCUAAAAGGGCUCCGUUUUGCGCCGUUCAUCUAACUUCUCAGUUGGCAGGAUUUUGAAGGCCUAAAAAAGGUCAAUAUAGGUUGAUAAAAGGGCGAAAAAAGGCAGCUGUAAGAAUCCCGUUUUUGGCUCUUCGCCUAGCUUCUCAAUUGGCAGGAUUAAAAAGGGUCUAUAGAGGGUGGCAAUAGGGCGCAAAAAUAUAGCUGAAAGGGUGUAUUUUAAGCCUUUCAUCAAGCCGCACAGUUUUGCCAGGGUUUCAAAGGCUCAAAAAUCGUCAAUGAAAGCGGAAAAAGGCAUCUGAAAGAAUCCUAUUUUGAGCCCUUCAUCGGGCUUCUUAAUUUUGACGGAAUUUUGAAGGCUAAAGAAAGAGUGAAAAAAGGGUCGAAAUAGGGUGAAAAGGGGCGUAAAAAAGGCUCCUCUUUGCGCCUUUUUAAAGUGUCUCGAUUUUGUCAGGAUUUUGAAGGCUCCUCAAAAGGUGCAAAAAGGGUCAAUAUAGGUUGAUAAAAAGGCGCAAAAAGGCUCCGUUUUGCGCCCUUCUUUAAGCCUUUCAAUUUCAUCAGAAUUUUUGAGGCUUGAAAAAAGAAUUAAAGAAGGAUCUAGGCUGAUAAAAGGAGCAUAGUGGAACUUUUUCCUUCUUUCAAGGAACAGUUCCCAAAAAACUUAGCGGCCCGACUUUGACAGUUAUUUUUCCAGACCACCACCGACGACCAUCCGAACCAUUCCCUUUAUCGUCACCACGCCCACCACCACUGCCGCUCCUUUCUUGUCAGCUUUUACACCUAGAACUUUUCUAAAAAGUCUUUUAUACAGCUCUGGAAUGAGAGAAAGAGUUUUCGCUUGCUAGAUUUAUGAUGACUUUCUCAAAACUCACCUCAAAAUGUUUCUCUGAAAGCUUUUGAUAUGUUUUACGUCCUAUAAGACACAUUAAAUAGUGUCAAAAUCAGCUCGAUCUGUUGAUUCGGAGGGGUCCUUUUCAUAGAAUCCUUUUUGGGAUUGAAAAGUUCAAGUUGAAGCUAGAGAGGAUUCAUAAUUUUCAAUGUACAUUACUUUCAGCCAAACGCAAGCGACUCUGCCACCACAACUGCCUCCUCAGCCGCAAACUCAACGGCCAAUCCAGCCGAUUCAGCCAAUCCAACCGAUCCAGCCGUUCCAGCCGCAGUUCAACCGGCCGCCGCCACCAACAGCGCCGCCUCGAGUCAUUCCUCAACAGCCAUUCCGACCCAUCGCCACGCGGCCUCCACCACCGCCGCCAACUCAGCCGCCAGUUUUCCGGCCCGUCGGGACGCCCUUCCAGCCCCAACAGCCAUUCCAGCCCCAGCAACCCUUCCGACCACAGUAUGUAUUUAUACUCCGGUACUCGCGAAUUGAAAAUGCGGGACUUCUCUCCGCCCUCCUCGUUUUUCAAGCUCCUUUGACCUCACCGGUGAGAGAGCAGAGAGACUCAGACACUCGGAAUCUUUCAAGUCGCGGCGAACGGGCUAUUCAAGACGUACAGUUGAAUAUUCAUCCUGAUUUUAUUCAGAGAGACCUUCACCCGACCGACAUUCGCCCCAACGACCCCGGCUCCACGCCCGCCGUUUGCUGGCCCCGGCGGAAGUCUGCGAACUGGACGUUGGUGUUUUUCCCGGAUUCUCGAUGGCCUUACUGGAAAAAGAGUUCCUCGGAUUGACUAUAAAUUAAGAUAAUGUGGGAAAAAAUGUUUGGUUUUUUCAAUCCAUUUUACCAGACUCGAGAGAUUGGCAAGGGUGACAUAAAAUUAAACAUUCGAAGAAACUUCUAAAAUUCAGAAUGCCGCGCGUCGAUCUUCUACAUCUCGACGCCGAUCAGCGGUCCUUCCCGCCUCACUUUCACCCAUUUCGCCGUCGCUGUCACCGUCGACCAGUGCGCCCGCACCUGUCACGAAUUCAACUGCGCUGUGAGUUCACUCUUUGAAUAAUUUAGGGGAACAUAUUGAAAAGGUCUUUGUAACGUCUUUCCCUUGCUCUCAUUCCGAGGCUUCCAACUAGAGAAGGUUGCGAGCUCCAGCCAAAACAUCAGCUACAUUCUGAGCUCUUCAAGGCACAGAAGAACUAGGACGAACUGAAGACCAUGUUUUUACCUUGAUCAACUACACGUUUGGACUUAUAGUCCGCCAGAACCUACUUUCGAAUCUUCGAAAGCUAGAGAGCGUUUGAAAAUGAGAGGGAAGAGUUUCUUUUCUUCUCUAAAUGCCCUCUGGUCUAACGGUGCUCUCUAGCUUCGAAGAUUUGCACGAAGAAUGCUUUAUCGACUCUUGGAGAUGAGAUUAUGAAAUUGAUGAUCAGUGGAAUUAGACCCUUAUAUAGUGGUCUAAUCUUCCACGUGAUCUAUUUCUCAAUCACGUCUAUUCACAUACUCAGCAGAACCUAAAACUAAAACAAAAAAUAAAUAUUGAUCGAUUGAUUAAUCAUUUGAAGAUUGCCCACUACAAUCCGCUCAACGGCCAUUGCGAGUUCAACCCGUCGACGGCGUUUGCCAUUCGGAAUGGACAGUGUCCUGCCUGGCCUAGUCUUCACUAUAGGUAUCUUUUUUUUUUCAUUUUUAGAUCACCUUUGAAAAAAAAAGGCCGCAAUUUUGCAUGAAACUGUAGCUUUUCCUCAUUUUCCGGUCCCCCACUAAUAUAUCUUAUAUAUCUUUUUCUUAGGAACUACAGAGUAGUCCCUGUAGAUGCCCUGGGGUUCCUAAAGUGUCUCCUAUAUGGACCACCUGAUUUUUUCCCCUAUAGGGACCACUAUAGCGUUCCUAAGUCUUUCUCAUCUUGAUCAAAGUUGAAGACUAAGACGAUGAAUUAAGGAACAACGUCGUCGCCAACGAGCCCGUCAGAAUCUUCUGCGUGGCUUGCCAACGGCCACGACGACGUCCCGCCGGAAGACGUCCUCUGCCCGGACGACGUCUUCUGAACAACAGACGCGGUCAACAGCGUGGAGCUCGUCUCAGUCGCAAAACGUGAGGAUUUCAGGAGAUUACGCACUUUAACCAGUUUUCACAGUUUCAGAAUGGGUUGAAAAGUUUUUUUUUUAGGGAAAAGUUCAGUAGAGCUCGUUCCAUUCUCUUAGUUUUUCUUUGAAUCCUCGUGUCUCAGCGACCCUCUCAUUUUGACAUUCUAUUUUAAUAAUUCUCUGACCUCGCCGGCGAGAGAACAGAGAGACGCAGACACUCGAGAGACACCCCAAAAAAAAAAAAAUUAUACCUAUCAGUUUUGCAAUAAUUCCCAAAACAGAACAGCGACGACCUGAAGAGACUCCAGAGAAAUAUACGACUUUCUUUCUCUGGCGUCUCUUCAGACCUCUGUUGAUCUCUCACUUUCGUUUUUUAUUUAUUUUUUUUUGUCUUCCAGCCUGAUCAAGAAUUCUGAAAAUGAGAAAAAUAAUUUUUUUUUUUUGGAAAAUCGAAAAAUUGUUAUGAAGCCUCUAUAAGCUAGACUUAGUUCAUAUAAAUUUUUAAAGAAAAGUAAUUUUUUUAAUGUUAAAUUGCUCUUUUCAAGGCCAAUAAUCCACGGAGUUUUUGGUGCAGCAGCCGAAAUCCGUCGCAUUUUUCCAUGACCCAGCACCAUAUCGAUGAAGUUCUACCCGAGGUUUGUUAUAUUUCACUUGAUGAUUUUUACCAAAUUCAUAGAAUCGGUAAACUUUUAGACAAUGGUCUUGACAAGAUCAUAAAUAUAGAAGUAUCAGGGUUUUUAAAAUCUAAUUUGGAUGUUUAAAGGAGCACGGAUUAAUUACCACAAAGGUUUCAAAGCGAAGAGCCGUUUUCAGUGUUAUUCUAGGUCAUUCAAGACUUUUGCAUUUUAAAAAACAAUUCUAAUAGAAGUAAAACGUUCCUCAUUUCCAGGACACCCGGCAACAGCGGAUGACAGUGACGUCAUUCGAAGAUGACUCAUUGACGUCAUCUGAAAGGUCGAGUGACGUCAGCGUCGAGCGAAACGAUCAGCUCGACCUGCUCCGCGAGCUCGAAGACAAACUCCAAUUGUGA